AUGCGUCUCACCAACAUCCUUACCACGCUGGCUCUCGCGGCCGGCCCCUUCGUCUGCGCCCAGGACCUUGACUCGCUGCUAGCAGACGCGACAUCUCUCGUCUCGAGCGUGGCGUCCGUCAUCGGCACCGACACGGCCACCGAGCCACUCAUCACGAGCGUCGAGUCCGCCAUCCAGAGCGCCACCAGCGCCCUGUCCGUCACCGGGUCGGCGGGCAGUCUGCUCUCCUCGUACGUCUCCGAGGCGAGCACUGCGCUGGCGUCAGCCACGGCCACGGCCACGGACUCCGCGCAGGCCACGGUCCCAACUAACUCGGCGUCGGCUUCGGCGGCGGCGACAACAGGGGAAGGAAGCACAGGUGGUGCGGUGGAUACGGCGGCACUGUCGGCCAUGGGUGUCUUUGUGCCGGCUGUGCUGGCGGGCGUCGUUGCCCUGCUGUAG